AGCCGAGAUUCACAACUCCGACCAAGGUGCGCAAGCGCUCACGAGAGACAACAGAGCAGGGCCAAUGACAACACGAUUGUGGCUGGCUUACCAUCCCAUAGACGACCUCAAAGAAAGAUGUCGGCUUGCACGUCCCUUGCGCUCCCAUUAGACCUUGCGCCGUCUCGACAAGCUCACUUCAUCGCCGUGCAGUAA